AUGACAACGACAGCGCGUGGAAUGCUAUUAAACUUUGCAUCGGUAUUCAAACAGGUUGGAUUCAUUCCGAAUGGUGGUCGUCUCUACUAUCUCAAUCGUUCUCAACCACCACUUUUCACUCAGAUGGUACAGGAAUAUUUCACGGCAACCGAAGACAUCCAGUUGGUUGCAGAACUUCUUCCAAUUCUCGAUCAAGAAUAUCUAUUUUGGAUGGAGAAUCGUGUCGUGCAGAUACAAUCACCAAACUACCCUGGAACUCAUACUCUAAACUUGUACAAUUUCACUAGUACUCAACCACGUCCGGAAUCCUACUAUGAAGAUUACACAGGUGCAAAAUCAAUGACAGAAGAACAACGAAUUUUCUACUAUAGCUCUUUGGCUGCCGCCGCAGAAUCAGGAAUGGAUUUUUCAACGAAAUGGUUUGCUUCUGGCAGUUUAAACCUAAGUUCAAUUGAAACUAUUAAUAUAGUUCCAGUGGAUCUAAACUCUAUUCUCUAUGCCAACGAGAAAACACUAUCGAAAUUCCACUCUAUGUUUGGAAAUACUUCAAUGUCUAGCUAUUAUUCCAGUCAAGCAGCAAAGAGAGCGGAAGCAAUGAUGGAUAUAAUGUGGAGUAAAGUUGACUAUCAGUGGUAUGACUAUGAUCUCAGCACUGGCAGUCAGCGAACACAAUACUUUAUUACCAAUUACAUGCCUCUGUGGGCUGGUCUGCAAAACCAACAACCAAUUGGCUAUUUCACCCAAUUCGUAAUGGAUGAAAUAGUGAAGGGAAUGUUCUCAAUCUCCAUGGAUUAUGUAGGUGGAGUACCAACAUCACUUGUAAAUUCCGGACAACAAUGGGAUUUCCCAUAUUCUUGGUCACCACAGCAAUAUUUCAUUAUUGAAGCGUUGUUUUCCACUAACAGCUCGAUAGGUUCAGACAUGGCAUUAGAUUUAAUCGAGAGAUGGGUACAAACGAACUAUUGUGGUUGGUCAUCGACUAUUUCCAUUCAAGGCGGAAUGAUGUUUGAGAAAUACAAUGUCAAUGAAGUUGGGCUACCUGGCGGUGGAGGUGAAUAUGUCGUUCAAGAUGGUUUUGGUUGGACCAACGGUGUAGCAUUGUAUCUACUAAACUCUUAUGGUUCUAAAUUAAAAUAUAGUGCAUGUUCAUCAUCAUGA